AUCUUGUCCAGCCUCUGAGGCUGUUGUGUCUCUGUGAAUGCCCACUGCCUGAGCUGGACGAAGGGCAGGCUGGGUGGGCAGAAGUGCGGGGCUCCGGCCAGUUGUCGCUAGAGAGUUCUGGGUGGACCGGGGACCCAGGAGGCGCAGAGCUGGGGAUGCUAUGUAGAGGACAGUAAUGAUGACACUGAAGACGUCUCACUGUUUGAUGCAGAAGAGGAGACAACCAAUAGACCAAGAAAAUCCAAAAUCAGACACCCAGUGGCAUCCUUCUUCCAUCUGUUCUUUCGAGUCAGUGCGGUUGUAGUCUAUCUCCUGUGUGAGCUGCUCAGCAGCAGCUUCAUUGCCUGUAUGGUGACGAUUAUCUUGUUGCUGUCGUGUGACUUUUGGGCAGUGAAGAAUGUCACUGGUAGACUAAUGGUUGGCCUACGUUGGUGGAAUCAUAUCGAUGAGGAUGGGAAGAGCCACUGGGUGUUUGAGUCCAGAAAGUCAACUCCACAAGACAACAAAACUAUUUCUGAAGCGGAGUCAAGAAUCUUUUGGUUAGGACUCAUCGCCUGUCCGAUCCUGUGGGUGAUCUUUGCCUUUAGUGCGCUCUUCUCCUUCAAAGUGAAGUGGCUGGCUGUGGUAAUCAUGGGUGUGGUGCUGCAAGGUGCCAACCUUUAUGGUUAUAUCCGGUGUAAAGUGGGCAAUAAGAAGAACUUAACCAGCAUGGCUACCUCAUAUCUUGGAAAGCAGUUCCUAAGACAAAACGCUGGGGAUGAUCAGGCGUCGUGAGUGAAGAUGGAGCCUAUGUACCAUGAACCCUGGGGACAGCAGACAAGAUUCUUGAUCUUUAGAGCUCAGUCUGUGUUGCAGUGGGGUGUUGUGUUAAUUUUCUCUCUUAAAAGCAUAAUUUAGAAGAAGGAAACCUGGUUUCAUCCUUAAGCCGUAUGGGGUUAGAAAGUCUGGUGUUGCUGGAGACAGUCAGAGUUUGCUGGGGGUGGUGUUUGUGUCUAGACAGUCCUGUGACGGCAACAUGUCCCAAGUUCGUGUGUCUGCCACCUGAUGGAUCUUUACAUUUUGAUCCAUAGAAUGUAGGAAGAGGCCUUCAGUCUCUCGCCUCUGUUUGCAGAGUAUUUCUGUACAUUGUUCUCAGAGGAAAGUUUUGAUUUAGUGUAAGGGUGAACAUGUUAGUUUAUGUAUGAAUUAGAAAGUGUUUUUUUUUGUGGUUUUUCGAGACAGGGUUUCUUUGUGUUCUUUAUGGUAAAAUUUCUUAUCUUUGAUGUAUAUAAGCAAGUGAAAGCUAAAUUAGGACAGUUGUGUUAACUGAUUAUUAAAAUUUUGUUUUUACUUGGUAAUAAGUCAUUUAUUCAAGGUCUGUUUGAUGUGAAUGGAUAUUUGUAGCUGUGUGGUGGAUUCCCCCCCAGGGACUACUGCUGCUGUGUGUCUUUUGUGGCCACAAUUCACUCUAGAACCAUCUAAAAUCUCUUAGUGGUCGGUGGGUUAAUGAAAUAUUGCCUUUUAAUAAGAAUAUUAUUCUUAUGUAAUAAUGGGAGUAAUUGUUUAAAUACUUGGCAUAAUAAAUGCCUAUGAAACAUUG